AUGUCUGAUCCAUCAGCUUCCUCCUCUUCUAGCUCUGAUUACGAAGCAACUGAAUACGAAUCAAUCAAUCGAGCUGUUUCACAGAUGAAUGCAGUUUUCAAUCCUGAGGCAAUAACCGCUUGUCUUAACGUUAUCUUUGACGAAGAAGAAAACGAGGGCCAAACAGCUUCAAGUUCUUCAGCACCCAAGUUGACUAGAAGGGUGAUCAAUCGAGAUCACCUUGGUGCUGCAAAACUUUUAUACAAUCAUUACUUUGCGCCUAACUGCACCUACCCACCCGACAUGUUCCGCAUAGCGCGAGAUAUACACUCCUUUAACAGCAUUCAACCGCUACCGAAAUAUUUUCAGUUCUUCCACAAAGCACCGACAGAUGCUUCUGGUCGUCCUGGUUUUAACAUUUUCCAGAAAUGUACCUCUGCAAUACACCAGUUAGCGUAUAGCUAUAAGGCUGAUGCUUUGGACGAGUACUUGCAAAUGGCGCAAGAUACUGCGUACCAGUGUUUAGAUGCUUUUUGCAAGUGUGUCAUACACUUGUAUCAAGAAGAGUACUUGAGAAGGCCAACAGAAGUAGAUAUCCAACGGAUAACUGCUAAACAUGAGCAGAGGAACUGUCCGGUGGCAUGGCAAGGGCAGUACACUCGAGGCGACAAGGGUCAUCCCACAAUCAUGCUUGAAGCGGUUGCUUCAUAUGAUUUGUGGAUCUGGCAUGCUUACUUUGGCCCUGCUGGUUCGAAAAACGACAUCAACGUCCUCAACGAGUCAGAUUUGUUCGACGAUUUACUUCAGGACAGGGCUCCUAAAGUAGAUUUUAUGGUGAAUGGCCGCCACUUUGGAAAGGGAUAUUACCUAGCUAAUGGUAUAUAUCCUGAGGGGCCACCCUUGUCAAGUCUUUCAAGUGCCCGAUGGAGCCGAAAACCACCAAGUUCAAGAGAUACCAAGAAGCUGCAAGGAAGGAUGUCGAGCGAGCAUUCGGGGUUCUUCAAGGUCGUUUCCAAAUUGUUGAGCAACAAGUCCGGGCCUACAGUGUAA